AUGGCGGACACAGACUUCGACGUUAUAAUCGCCGGUGGCGGUUUCUCGGGUGUGUAUAACUUGAUCCACCUUCGCAAACUAGGAUAUCGCUGCAAGCUAAUCGAACCGGGAUCUGCCUUCGGUGGAGCGUGGCACUGGAAUCGGUACCCAGGUGCUCGAGUGGACUCGGAAGUCCCGAUAUACGAAUUCUCGUUCGACGACCUUCCAAAAGGCUGGACGUGGUCCGAGCGUUUUCCUGGCUCGGAUGAGCUGCGCGCGUACUUCGCCUAUGUGGCUGAGAAGUACGACCUCGCCAAAGAUUCUUGGAUGGGAAACCGCAUUGUUGCCGCACACUGGAGCGAUAACCAUCAUGCGUGGAACGUCACCACGGAGAGUGAGAAAGAACGCCGUCAGGUAACGGCUCGGUACCUUAUCAUGGCUUUGGGGCCCACGACGGAGCCGUAUAAGCCCGAUAUCAACGGGCUUGCGUCGUUCCAAGGUCAAUUGCUCCACUCAUCUAGAUGGCCAAAAGAAGGGAUCAACGUCAAGGACAAGCGAGUUGGAGUGAUUGGGACGGGGGCAACCGGCGUACAGAUCAUCCAAGAGCUAGGUCCGCAGGCAAAACACUUGACGAUCUUUCAACGUACCCCCAACCUUGCGCUUCCCAUGGUUCAAUAUACAAUGCCCCGCGAGGUGAAGGCACACUUCUCACCGAUUUACAACGAGAUAUAUCAGAAACUGCCAAAGACCUUCGCAGGUCUCACCAUUGAGUUUCUUCAGAGAAAGACGAUGGACGAUCCACCCGAGGUGCGAGAGGCAGUGUUUGAGGGACUUUGGCAGAAUGGGGGAUUCAAUUUUUGGCUUGGGGGCUAUAUUGAUCUUCUUUUCGACAAGGAGGCCAACCACGAGGCGUAUAAGUUCUGGAGGAAAAAGACGUUGGAGCGUAUCAAAAACCCCAGAAAGCAGGACUUGCUAGCACCUGAAAAGCCUCCGCAUCCGUUUGGUACAAAACGUGUCUCCCUCGAGCAACGCUUCUAUGAAGUUGUCGAUCAAGAAAACGUCACAGUGAUUGACGUGAAGGCGAAUCCGAUUGUCGAGGUUACUGCGAAUGGGGUCAAAACGGAAGACAGCUUCACUGAACUUGACGCACUUAUUUUGGCGACAGGCUAUGAUAAUAUGACGGGUCCUUGGAUGUCCAUUGACCUCAGAGGAGAAGAAUCUAAUAUACCUUAUUUCCGAUGGCUUAGUCUGGGGAUGACCACCGAUAGCUUCCCCAACAUGUUCUUCCUCAACGACCCUCAGAGUCCAGCAUCGUUCUGCAACGGCCCGACGUGCAUUCAGAUCCAGGGACAAUGGAUCGUCGAUGCCAUACGAUACCUCACCAAAAACAACAUUACCAAGUUCGUACCUAAACCGGAUGCAGUAAAUAGGUUCUCCGGCGCCGUCGACGCGAUUUGCGAUGCAACACUAUUCCGUGACGUUAACAGCUGGUUUAUGGGCACGAACAUCCCUGGAAAGCGCAAGCAGGCGUUGAUGUAUAUGGGUGGGGUUCCGGCCUAUACACAAGAGAUUGAGGGAGAAGUGAAGAGGCAGUACUCAAGCUUUGUCAAAGAUACGAGCGCCGCUGUUUCUUUGGCAUAG